GGAGUCUUUCCAAGAGAAAGAGGGUUUAUUCUUAGUAAAAUGAGUGCCUGACAUCUGGAGCUUUCUUCUAGCUAUUUUGCGCUGCUAAUCUGACAAUGGUUGUAGCAAAAAUGGGUUUUCUGUGCUGCUAACAAAUUACUACAAACGUAAUGGUUUACAUCAACACCUCUUGAUUAUCUCAUAGUUUCUGUGAGUCAGAAACUGAGCAUGACCUAGAGCCAGGGUCUUGCUGUGUUGGGAUUAAGGUGUCCUGGUGUUGUGGAAGGAACCGGAUGAUGUAACCGGCCUCCAGGAAGGAAGCCUGAAGCAGCCAGAAGCUCAGCCAAGUCUCUUAGACCCUGUGUCAUUUCAGAGCCGCUUCUGCAGCCACUUGACAAAAAAAAAUGGUAUGACAGUUCCUAGCAAAAAGAACUCUCCAGAAACCUGCAUUACCCGUGAAGAAAGUAGCCCUUCUCCCCUUUUGUGAAAGAGACCUUUGCAAAUUCCAAAAUGCCAGCCAAGACCCCAAUUUACCUAAAAGCUGCCAACAACAAGAAGGGAAAGAAAUUUAAACUGAGGGACAUUUUGUCUCCUGAUAUGAUCAGUCCUCCUCUGGGAGACUUCCGCCAUACCAUCCACAUCGGCAAAGAGGGCCAGCACGACGUCUUUGGAGACAUUUCCUUCCUUCAAGGGAACUACGAGCUUCUGCCCGGGAACCAGGAGAAGGCGCACUCGGGCCCCUUCCCCGGGCACAGUGAGUUCUUUCGGGCCAACAGCACAUCGGACUCCAUGUUCACAGAAACACCCUCCCCCGUGCUCAAAAAUGCCAUCUCCCUCCCCACCAUCGGAGGGUCCCAAGCCCUCAUGCUGCCACUGCUGUCACCGGUGACAUUCAGUUCCAAACAGGAAUCCUUUGGGCGGCCCAAGCCACCAAGGCUCAUCUGUGAGCCCGUCCUGGAGGAAAAAGCUCAGGAGAAAAGCAGUUUGCUGGAGAAUGGGACAAUCCACCAAGGAGAUGCGUCCUGGGCCUCCAGUGGCUCGGCCUCGCAGUCCAGCCAGGGUAGAGACAGCCAUUCCUCCAGCCUGUCGGAACAGUACUCCGACUGGCCGGCCGAAGACAUGUUUGAGCAUCCUGCCCCUUGCGAGCUCAUCAAGGAAAAGACUAAGUCUGAGGAGUCCCUCUCCGACCUGACAGGUUCCCUUCUCUCCUUACAGCUGGAUCUUGGGCCCUCAUUUUUAGAUGAAGUGUUGAAUGUCAUGGAUAAAAAUAAGUAACAGGAUGAGAGCUCUUUUCCUUUGGAGUAAAAA